AUGGCCUCUCCAUUAAUGGAAUCACGAAUACGAUAUCUUAACGCUCUUAAAUAUACGCCAAAUGAAACCAUUAAUGCAGGUUAUGAAAGCGCAUUAAAGGAAUUUCCACGAAGGUAUGUGUAAUUAUUUCAUUUCCUUCUCUUACAUGUUAUUCUAAUGAUUACUGUCGCCUCCGCG